AUGUCUGACGACGGUCGCAAAGAUUUCUCCACCAAGGCCAAGGAGGAGAUUACCCCUGACAGCACCAAGUCCACCCAGCAGAAGGUCAAGGAGACUUUCACUGACACCACCGACCGUGUCGCUCGCGGCGUCCAGCCUGACGACAACAAGUCUGCCGGCCAAGCUGCCUUUGACAAGACCCAGCGCGCCCACGACAAUGAAGCCAACGGCGGUGCUGCCUCCACCAUUGGUGACAAGAUCAAGAACACCUUCGGCUUGAACAAUAACUAG